UCGACCACCUGGUUUUUCUGUUUGCAGGGGACCUGGAUGGGGGGCACAUAGUAAAACCCGGUUCCCAUCUGUCAUUCCAUAAGCCAAUGUCAAAUGCCUCCUUCUCCCUCCAAAUGUAGUCCUUGUGAAACUCCCCAGGAGCGCGGGGAGAGAAGCCAUUUUGGGGCUGACCCUGCCUUGUUUGGUCUCAUGGGGUUCAUUCUGGGGUGAGGUCUUCCCAGCCACAGAAAUUCCACCUUCUUUUUCUAGAUGGCUCAGGGUUUCCAGCCAUCUUCAGAGGUCUCAUUGGAGGCAGCACAGGGUUUUAGGUCCAGCUGACUGUUACGGAACUCACUCAGGGGGUGGAGGUGGAGAUCAGGUCUAGUUAUAGAUGCCAUUGACUUUUGGGAUAAAGCAAAAUAGCUCUAAUUGCUAAGAUUGAAGGUUGGCGUCCACGUCAAGCUGUGUCUGAAACUUUGCAGACACUAGGAGAAGAAAUUCUGCCCCUCUGAAAUUUUUUACGUGUGUGUAUGUGGGGACAAGCACAUGCCUAUUCUAUCCCUUCUCUUCUAAGGAGAGAGAGCCCUCCUCCCCCCUGCACAAUUCAUUUCUCUGUGAAUGAGAUCUGUCACUCUCCUUCCUGGCCUCCUGCUUCCGGGUUCUUCUUGUGGCUGGAAAACCGAUUUUGGAACAUCAGCUCUGCUGAGGACCUUGUCAGGGUCCCCACUCUUGCUCCCUACCCCUGACUCUCCUUGGGUAUCAUCUAAGGUUCAUUCCUUCUCUUGGUCCUUUUACCACAACUUAUUUUUUACGUAUCCCUUGUCCCUGUCUCAUGGGGACGGAAUGGGAAUCUGGUAAACCAAUUCAUGCUAAGGUCUGUUUUUAAGCACCUAUGAGAUCCAAGGUCUCCAGACAGUGAUGUUUAUUAUACUUUUGGCAGGGGCCUUCCAUAGUCACAUAGCCCUAAUCUAAAGAACUGAAUUUUUUUCUUCCAUUAAAAAACAUUUUAAGGUAAUGCAUGCUUAGUAAAGAAAAUUUGAAAAGUUCAGAAGUAGAAAGAAGAAAUAAAAAUCAUCUGUUGUCCUUUUUGCCUAUUUUCCUCCUCGUGCAUCGUGUGUGUGUUUUAAAACAUGUUGUAAUCAUGUUGUAGAUGCAGUUUUACGUUUUGUACUUUUCAUUUACUAUAUACUCUUCAUAGAUCUCACUUUAAGUAGCUGCAUAAUGUUUCAAUGAGACAAUAUACUAAGGUUUUCUCAACCUUUUCCUCAUCGAUUAGACCGUUGAGUUGUUUCCACUUUAAUAUUAAAAAUGAUGUCAUACUAACAUAUUUGUAUGUAGAUUUUUUUUUUUCUGUAUGUGGUAUUCCUUGUUUAGGAGAGUCUUUCGAAAGUGGACUUACUGGGUCAAAUCUACAGACAUUUUUAUAAAUCUUGUUGGCAUUGCCAGAGAGCUUUCCAAAAUGGCGGCAUCAAUUUACGUCCCCACCAGCAGAGUGUGAUUGUUGGUUUAUUCAGCCUAGCCAGCUCUGGCUGUUUCAUUUAAAAAAGUUUUUUUCAGUAGAUAGGUGAAAAUGGUCAUGUGGCCUUGAUUCAUCUUUCUUUGGUUAAUUAUGAGGUCAGUUAUUUAGGAGGAAUGUUCCAUUGGGGGAAUUCCAGUUACCAAGAACAUGUGCUUCUGUUUUCUGCACCUUUGAAAGAGGAGAAUCAGGCUGGUGACAAUGCAUCCUUUUCCAUAUCAAAGCAUAACUUCAUUAAAAAUGGAGUUACUUAAAUUGGUUUGUUAACAAAUGAGUUCUAGCCAGGUAAUGAAUGAGCAGAAAUUGACUUGAUGUCACCUAACAACAGCAAUGACACUGAGUCUCACAGGAUGUGAGCUGUAGGCACGACUGGAGUCAGGGGACCUUUUAGGGGGCCUGAGGCCAGGUGAAGGCAAGACCAAUGAGAACACAGUAAUGGUUCUCAACUGGGUACAUUUUGCCUCCUGGGGACGUUUGGCAAUAGCUGGAGACAUUUUUGAUUGUUACAAUUGGGAGAGGGUACUAUUAUCAUUUGGUGGGUGCAGGCCAGGGAUGCUGCUAAAGACACUGCAAUGUACAAGGCAGUCCCCCACAACCAAGAAUUGUCUGGUCCCCAAAUCUCUAUCGUGCCAAGGUUGAGAAAUCCUACAACAGAGAGAAGGCAAUGAGCCUAAGAUCACCAGGGCAUAGAAUGGGCAGGAUGUAGUAACAGCAAGGAUUUGAAGAGACAGGGGUUGGAAGUUGGGGUGAUGCCUGGGAGAUAAGGAGGACCCAGGAGGAAGCAGUUUGGACGGCCUGACGCAUAUGAGCUCUGGGCUCUCUGGGCCACCUAGGUAGAGACACACAGUAGGAGGUUGCUGGAGACCAGGCGCAGAGGUGUCCCAGCCAGAGAACAGAAGAGGGAGACAGAUGAAGGCUGUACAGGUGUCUAAGCCAGAGAUGAUGGGGCUGUUCCAGGAUGGAGCGUGGAGAUGGGGCAACGUGGUCAGGCUGGGCCAGUGGGGCCAUUUGUCUUGUGACCACAAAUGGUGGAGCCGUUUGUCUUGGACAUGGGGUAAGAACAGCAGGGUGGAGUGUGACUCCUGGGGCCUGAGGCUCUGAGUGAGUGGAGGGGCCACUUACCCAGAAGGGAACGGUGGGGAGGGGCAAGGCUGGGUGGGAAAUGAAGACUUCUAUUCGGACUUGACAGGUUCGAGUUGUCAGGGGGACAGCCCGAUAUGAGCUUGGAGUGGAGGAGAGGCUGGGCAAGGAUAUGGGUCUGAGAAGAUGAAUGGUUCGUGCAUUUCCUGGGAGGUGGUUUAUUACCUGCCUUUUACAGGUGAGAACUGAAGCUCAAAGAGGUAGGGCGACCUGCCCACACUCCGGUAGUGAGGUAGGCCUCAAUUUCAGUCUCGGUUCUAAGUCAAGACUUUUUCUAUUAUUUUGCAAGAAGAGCACUGCAUGGGCCCGUAUGUCCUCAGUCACCAUCCGCCUUGGCUGCCUUCUCAGGCUGGGGCAGGACGGUCUCACCUAUACCCACACUGAAGGAGCAAGCAUUGUUAAGUGAAAAUAGCCUGGUGCCAUUGAGUUGACCCUGAUGCAUGACAACCCCAUGUAUUAUAGAGUAAAACUGUGCUCCAGAGGCUAUAAUCUUUAUGGAAGCAGAUUGCCAGGCCUUUCUUCUGUGGCACCACUGUGUGGGUUUGAACCACUAAACAUAGGUUAGCAAUCCAGUGCAAACUGUUUGCACCAACCAGGGACCUUAAACUGAAACUAAAAAAAAAAAAACCACUGCUGUCGAGUCGAUUCCGACUCAUAGUGCCCCUAUAGGACAGUAGAACUGCCCGAUAGAGUUUCCGAGGAGCACCUGGUAGAUUUGAACCACUGAUCUUUUGAUUAGCACCCAUAGCUCUUAACCACUACACCACCAGGGUUUUCUAGGUGAAACUAGCAGGUUACAGAAUACUGUCUUUGGUACAAUCCUGUUUUUGUCAAAGGUCACGCCAACAAUAAUGUAUCUGUGUGCAAAGAAAGAAAUCUGAGGGAGACCCACAAAGUGUCGGCAGUGGUAGUGUCUCGGGAACAAGGCUACAGGUUGUUUCUGCUCCUUUUUUUUUUGGGUAAUAGUUGAUAUGUACAGGCCUGUGGGGAAUUUUGUGAAGUCUCUGUAGUUGUAUGCGUAUUUUUAAAAAUUCCUUGUGGUGAAAUAUAUAUUAAAAAAAGUUUGCCGCUUUUAAAUGUAUGACUCAGUGGCAUUAAUUACAUUCACCACGUUGUAUAACCAUCGCCACUAUCUGUUUCCGUAAGUCAUAAAAAACCAGGUGCUGUUGAGUGGACUCCAACUCACGGCGACCCCAUCUGUAUCAGAGUUGACCGGUGCUCCGUAGGGUUUUCAAUGGCUGAUGUUUUUGGAAGCAGGUUGCCAGGUCAUCCUUCCUUGUCUGUCUUAGUCUGGAAGUGCCUCUGAAGCCUGCUCAGCAUUAUAGCAGCAUGCAAGCCACCAGUGACAGACAGGUGGUGGCUACGCAUGAGGUGCGUUGGCUAAGAAUUGAACCCAGGUCUCCUGAAUGGAAGAUGGGAAUCCUACCGCUGCCGCCACACCAGUUGCCCUGGGGUUGAGUCUGAUUCAUGGCGACCCCAUGUGUGCCAGAGUAGAAACGUGCUCCGUGGGGUUUUCAGUGGCCGAUGUUUUGGAAGUAGAUCACCAGACCUUUCAUGUAGCUCGCCUCCUUUCAUUUAGCAGCGAGUACAUUAGCUUGUCACACCACCCAGGGAUUCUUCCAAAAGUCUUACAUCACUUCAAACAGAAGCUCCGUGUCCCUUCAGAAAUACCCCCUAUUCCCUCUCCUCCCAGCCCCUGGUAACCUCUAAUCUACUUUUUGUUUCUAUGCAUUUUCCUGUUAUAGAUAUUUCAUAUGACUGAGAUCAUACAGGAAACCCUGGUGGCGUAGUGGUUAUGUGCCAAGGUUGCUAAACAAAAGGUCGGCAGUUUGAAUCCACCAGGCGCUCCUUGCAAACUCUAUGGGGCAGUUCUACUCUGUCUUAUAGGGUCACUAUGAGUCAGAGUUGACUCGAUGGCAACAGGUAUGGGGAUCAUACAGUAUUUGCCCUUUCGUGUUUGGCUUAUUUCACUCACCAUCAAGUCUUCAAGGUUCAUCCAUGUCCUAGCAUGGAUCAAAACUUCAUUUUUCUUUAUGGCUGAGUAAUACUCUGUCUUAGUUAAGUAGCAGUCCCUGAACAGAAAUACCACAAGCGAGUGGCUUUAAUGAACAGAAAUUUAUUUUCUCACAGUUUAGGAGGCUGGGAGUCCAAAUUCAGGGCACUGGCGUUAGGGGAAGGCUCUUUUUUUGCUCUGGGGGAAGGUCCUUAUCUCUUUUCAGCUUCAGUUCCUGGGUUCCUUGGUGAUCAUGUGGCAUGUAUCUUCCCCUCUGUGCUUGCUUGCUUAAUCUGCUCUUUUAUAUCUCAAAAGGGUUGAUUUAAGACACACCCUAUACUAAUACUGUCCAUUAAUAUAACAAAGAAAAUCCAUUCCUAAAUGGGAUUAUAACCAGAGGUUUAGGGGUUAGGAGUUACAAUACAAAUUUGGGGCAGAGGGGCACAAUUCAAUCCAUAACAUACUCCGUUGUAUGGAUGGACCACAUGAUACUUAUCCAGACAUCUGUUGAUGGACACGUGGGUUGUUUUCACCUUUUGGCUGUUGUGAAUGGUGCUGCUAUGAACAUUUUGUCCUGCAUGCAUAAUUUUUUAUGUGGGUGCAUUUUUCUGGGGAGAGUGUCCCUCAGCUUGCAUGGGAUUCUCAGAUGAUUCUGAGAUCCUCAAAUAUAAAGUACGUAAGAGAGUCCGAGGACCCCCGGUGGCACAGUGGUUAAGAGCUUGGUUGCUAAUCAAAAGGGCAGUAGUUUGAAUCCACCAGCUGCUCCUUAGAAACCCUACGCGGGGCAGUUCUACUAUGUCCUAUAGGGUCACUAUGAGUUGGAAUCUACUCAAAGGCCACAGGUUUUUUUUUUUUAAGAGAGUCAGAAAAUCCCUUGAGGGUCUCAUUUCCUGCUGUGUUCUUUUGACCCAGGUGAUGUCAUAAGGGGUGUGUGGAACCAGGAGACACUGUUGAGUGCACUGGGGCACUGGGUCUUCUGGGACCCAGGGGGGCUGCUUGCCAGGGGAGGGGAGCAGUGGUUGAGGCAGCCCCUUCUCAUGGGGCCCGGUCAGGGCGGGGCCAGCCUGGGAAGGAGGGCUUUCCUCAGCCUGGUCACAGCAGGGUGUAUAUUUGUGAAGCCUUGAUAAAGCGCCCUCUGCCUUCCUUACUGGCCAGCAGGAAUGUUCCAGUCCUCAGCACCCAGUGGACAGGCCCCGGAGGAGAACAAACAGAUCCUGGCUUGGCAGAAGUCCAGCUCCCAGUCGGACUCACACGAGGAGGAGAUCUCCCCGAUGCCCCCGAACCCCGUGGUGAAGGCCCGCCGCCGCCGCGGGGGCGUGAGCGCCGAGGUGUACACAGAGGAGGAUGCUGUUUCCUACGUCCGAAAGGUGAUCCCCAAGGACUACAAGACAAUGACAGCCUUGGCCAAGGCCAUUUCCAAGAACGUGCUCUUUGCUCACCUCGAUGACAAUGAGAGAAGUGACAUUUUUGAUGCCAUGUUCCCUGUCACCCACAUUGCUGGGGAGAUCGUCAUCCAGCAAGGGGAUGAAGGAGAUAAUUUCUAUGUCAUUGAUCAAGGAGAAGUAGAUGUGUAUGUGAAUGGUGAGUGGGUGACCAGCAUCAGCGAGGGUGGCAGCUUUGGGGAGCUUGCACUCAUCUAUGGCACCCCCAGGGCAGCCACAGUGAAGGCCAAGACAGACCUCAAGCUCUGGGGCAUUGACCGUGACAGCUACCGUCGCAUCCUCAUGGGCAGCACCCUCAGGAAGCGCAAGAUGUAUGACGAGUUCCUCAGCAAGGUCUCCAUCCUCGAGUCCCUGGAGAAGUGGGAGCGGUUGACAGUGGCCGACGCCCUAGAGCCCGUGCAGUUUGAAGAUGGAGAAAAGAUUGUGGUCCAGGGGGCGCCUGGGGACGACUUCUACAUCAUCACAGAGGGCACAGCGUCCGUUCUCCAGCGCCGGUCCCCCAACGAGGAGUAUGUGGAGGUGGGGCGGCUUGGGCCCUCUGACUACUUUGGCGAGAUUGCGCUGCUGCUGAACCGGCCACGUGCGGCCACCGUGGUGGCCCGGGGGCCCCUCAAGUGCGUGAAGCUGGACCGGCCACGCUUCGAGCGCGUGCUGGGGCCCUGCUCCGAGAUCCUCAAGAGGAACAUCCAGCGUUACAACAGCUUCAUCUCCCUCACUGUCUGAGCCCGACGUGGCCAGCCCGCUCCCCAGCUGUCGUGUGGUGGCCGUGACGUGUCUGCUGUGUCCGCGAGGGAGGGCGUGGUGGGCCGGGGGCAUGGUGGGCCGGGGGACUGGCCUCCUGGUGGCAGGGGUUGUGCCCUCCCCCGGACUCACCUUUUGGAAUAAAGUAAUCUGCCUUGUGCAAUUCAGAGACGCAAGGUGGGCAGACCAGGUUUGCCCAGGGCCCCAGCAAGUGGUGGCCUUUCUUCCCCACCCACCCUGCUCCUCAUCAUCAUUGCUUCUCUGUCUCAUCUCAGAGAUCCCCAGUCCCCUCGGUCUCCUAGUGGGGCCCUCUCAGAGGAGGAGGAUGGCCGAAUUGGCACUGACCCUUGUCUGAUUGGGUUUGCCAGCCCCCUGGCUGUCUCGAGGAAGAUGAGGGUGGCCACGGCUGCUCUUGGAGUUCCUCUCUCCAGAGCUGGUUAGCACAGUGUCCCUCUGCCCCUGGCCUGCUUCUAAGGCUCCGUGAUGCCCAUAUAUCCCAAGCCACAUGUCCAACAUGGCACAGAGUAUGUCCGGGGGAGGGGGUGCUGUCUGCAAUGAGAAGCUCAGGCUCAGAGCAAAGAAUUGAGGUUGAAGGCAGGGGGUUCAAGGAUCCCCUCCCAAAUACACACCCUGCUCCUUGAUCCUACCCGUCAAAGGGAGACCCUCUGGGUUGUUUAGUUCAAUGUCCUCUCUGACUGGCUAGGGAGGGGGUGAGCCUCCAGAAUCAGGGUGCUGAUGGAGGGGCCUGGCUGUUCCCGUUGCAGCAAUACCCCCACAGAUAGCUCGCCUGCACAGAGCAUUGAAAGGUGUUCGCACGAUUUCGAGGGGCUUGCCCUCACCUUUCACCUAUCUUAAGGCAGGUUGGGACCACUGACCAGCUGGCCCAUGGCCCCCUCACUGGGUCGAGAUGCUUCAAGGGUGAUGGAAGCGUGUCUGAGCUUGGGACUCUCCAAGCCCAGUAGACCCUGUUCUAGAUCGGCCUUCCCUUGGAGUCAGAGGGAGGUUUGGGUCCACUUAUCCCCAAAGGAGCUUCUUGGGGGAUCUUACGAGGGUGAGGAGGGGUUUCCAAAGUAGAUCCUGGGUUAGGUUGUAAGAACCAGAGCCCCCUCUCCCGCAUUCCCUGCAGAUACGCCCACGCUGGGGUAUCAGCCCUGCUCCUUAGGGGCCACAUGCAGCUGUUACGCAAGCGCCCAUCCUCAUUGUCAAACCAGCCUGGACCCCAGACAUGAAACUGUUGACCAAGUGAAUUCUCUCAAUCUAUCUACAAUCCAAUAAUAGUGCAAGGUAGAUGGGCCUGGAGGGGCUCAGGCAAGUGCAGGGAGCUUCAUAGAAGCUUCAGGAAGCCCAAAAUCCAAACAAGAUUAUGCGAUUGGCCCAAUUUCACUGCUGCCUCUUCAGAGGUGGCUGUCUUCGUCUGAGGGUUUGUCCUUGUCCGAGGGAGGGCUGUCUUCAUCUGAGGGGGCUGUCCUCACCAGAGAGGGGUGUGCCUUUGUCCGAGGAUCUGUCUUCGUCCGGGGGUGUGUUGCAAACACCUUCACUGGCCGUCACAAAUCACAUGUCACUCUGGCCUGUGCCCUGGACCUGUCGCCCUCCCCAGCCCUGGCACCGUAGGUGGCCUGCCUCUGUGGGUGUUGCCGUGCAGUGUAAGUGCCGCCCUGUCCCGCGUGCUCCCCGGAUGCUGCAUGUCCCAUUAAAUGUGCAAUGAACAAG